ACAGAGGUUUUUCAAUGCUCAGCAGCACUGUAGCGAUACUGUUGUGCUGUGAUAAAAACGAACAUUUUCUUAUACGUGUCUAGUAGUAGAUAUUAGAUAACCUAAAAGUUGCUGAAAUCUACAAAAUGUAAAAUAAUUUGGUAAUUUUAUGUAGACGUGGAUUUUAAAACUAAUGAUACGUUGAUUAGGGAAACACAUCAAGCCUCAAAGGCUCGAUUUACAAUGGAUUUAGAUAUAGGAUUUCUUAUUCUUGGUAGUGCAGUGUUUUUAGUUUGCUGCUUUAUAACGCUAUGUUUAUUCUUGAUAUUGACUACUUCAAAAUAUCCAGUUGUUAGAAGAUCUAAAGAGGAGAAAUCUUUUCUCAAUCCAGCCGAUGACAAAUGUAUGCCGUUUCCCUCUAUUGAAGACCCCUGGUCUGUCAACCUCAGUGUGGUUGUCCCUGCAUAUGAUGAAGAAGUUAGGCUACCACCCAUGUUGGAUGAGUGCUUUGAAUUCUUGGAGAAGAGAGCCAGGGAUUCUGAGAGAAACUUUAGCUACGAGGUGAUAGUUGUGAGUGAUGGCAGCCGUGAUAAGACGGUCGAAGUGGCCCACAAAUACACAACACAGUAUGGCUGCAAUAAGUGUCGAGUGCUGGACCUGAAACCGAAUCGCGGCAAAGGUGGAGCUGUCAGAUUGGGAAUGAAAAGUAGCCGAGGAUCGGUUCUACUUUUCGCAGAUGCUGAUGGCGCGACCAAAUUUGCUGACUUGGAGAAACUUGAAGACUGUCUGAAGGAACUAGCGAAGGAUGAUUAUAGGGCUAAGCCUGAAGAUGUAGCAGUGAAGCAGGCGGUUGUCUGCGGUUCCAGGGCUCAUCUCGAAGAUGAGGCAAUAGCGUCCCGAUCAAUAUUCCGUACCAUUUUAAUGCAUGGGUUCCAUUUUCUUGUGUGGUUAUUUGCUGUAAGAAGUAUUAGAGACACCCAAUGUGGCUUCAAGUUAUUAACUAGGGAAUCGGCUCGAGUUCUCUUCUCUAGCCUCCAUGUGGAAAGAUGGGCGUUUGAUGUCGAAUUACUGUAUAUCGCCCAAGAACUGAGAAUACCAAUGUCAGAGGUCGCAGUAAAUUGGACGGAAAUCGAAGGUUCAAAAAUAGUUCCAGUGUGGAGUUGGUUGCAAAUGGGUCGAGAUUUGUUCCUAAUUUGGUUGAGAUACACAAUAGGAGCUUGGAAAAUCAAUAAAAAUAAAUAAACGUAAAACGUUCAUGAUAUGUAUAUCCAUAGCAAUAUCAAUAUUUCUACUCUCCUAUAAUAUUUAAAGUGCAUUCAAAGGUGCCUGUUGUGUAACCUUAUUAUAAUACAACAUAAUUUAUGUGCUAAUUGAACAAUGAUAUUGUGAUAGAACUUUUUGGAACUGAUUCUACCUUUUUUAAGAAAACAAGAACACUCUGCAAUUAAAUUAUCAUAUAAAUUUAUCACAA